AUGGAGUCUGCAACGACGACGGGCGUGGAGACCGCCACCGUUCCCGCCUCGCUGCGUCGAUCCAAUCCGGCUGCAAGUGACAUUGCUUCCAAUGCAGCUGCAGCAUCCAAUGGCAAGGCGGCCGAGGGCGCCACGAGAAUCUGGAAAUACAGGCACGUCGCUGCCGUUCACUCCAAAUCUCGGCCGUCGACCUUGAGCCAUGACUCAGACAGCACCCCGAGCUUUCUAGGAUUCCGAAAUCUCAUGGUGAUAGUUCUUGUCGCUGGCAACCUCAGAUUGGUCAUUGAGAAUCUUCAAAAAUAUGGCAAUUUGAUAUGUUUGACUUGCCAUGAUAUUCGCCGACACGACCUCCUCCUCGGGCUCGGGCUCUACUUCUUGAUUCCAUGCUUCCUCUGGGUUGCACUCUCGAUCGAGCUGUUCGCUGCACAGCAGGCGAAGGCAUCGCGGGCCUUGAGUGCCCGUCAAGGCGGCACAGCCAGUCCGACCGUGGACCAGACUCAGGUCUUCCGGGCCAUGUGGAUUCGAGUUCGGUGGCUGCAUGGCAUCAAUGCAUCCCUCGCCUUGAGUAUCACGAGCUGGGUGGUGUACAACUACAUUCACCACCCACUGAUUGGCACUGCUACCGAGAUACAUGCCAUAAUUGUUUGGCUGAAGACGGCGUCAUACGCGCUUACAAACAGAGACCUGCGACAUGCGUAUCUGCACCCCGUCAAGGGAGAACUGGCGGCCCUGCCAGAGAUAUACGCCCAGUGUCCGUAUCCACAAAAUAUCACCAUGGAAAACUUGGCGUACUUCUGGUGGGCACCUACCUUGAUCUACCAGCCAGUGUAUCCGCGGACGGAAAAUAUCAGAUGGAAGUACGUGCUCAAGCGACUUGGCGAGGUUGUAUGCCUGAGCGUCUUCAUCUGGUUCUGCAGUGCCCAAUACGCAGCUCCGGUCUUGGAAAACUCUCUCGCCAGCAUCGAAACACUGAAGUUUGCAUCUAUCGUCGAGCGGAUCUUGAAACUGUCGACGAUAUCUUUGGUCAUCUGGCUGGCCGGGUUCUUUGCCAUAUUCCAGUCCGCACUGAAUGCGCUCGCUGAGAUAACGAGAUUCGGGGACAGAACUUUCUAUGCCGACUGGUGGAAUGCUACCAGCUUGCGUGAUUACUGGAACCUAUGGAACAAGCCAGUCCAUGCCUUCAUGAGAAGACAUGUGUACUCUCCAAUGAUGGGACGAGGGUACGGCCAAAACCUGAGCUUCCUUGCCGUCUUCACUGUCUCGGCGAUAUUGCACGAGAUGGCAGUCGGCGUACCGACUCACAAUAUUCUGGGUGUGGCAUUCCUGGGUAUGAUGUUCCAGCUCCCCCUCAUUGUGGUGACAGACUGGGUCAAGAGGGCCGUAGGUGAACCCAGGGGAAAGAUAAUUGGUAAUUGCGUAUUCUGGGUUACGUUCACGAUCCUGGGACAGCCGCUCGCCGCCUUGAUCUACUAUUAUGCAUGGCAGGCCAAGUAUGGAAGUGUGAGCAAGCAAGUCACCACUUAUAUACCUUCUCAUUGA